AUGCUAGGUGAUGGAGAAGAGACCCCUACUAGGUAUGAGUUGUUCAGUAUGGUGAAGAAGCAAUCGAAGUUACUAGGAAAAACCAGUGUAGAUGAGGAUGAUGCUUCAGAUGUUGAAAUGGAACACUUUUGGCAUGAUUUCAUGGAUUUGUAUUUCAUUCGUGGUAGGGAGUCGAGGGGCUGCCAAGAUAAUGACCUCGUAUUCUUUGUUAGGAAAAUGAGCUUGCGUGGAUACAGUUCCAAUAAUAUGGAAGUCAACUCCCCUUACUUUGUACGCAGGUGGGCUCCUAAGUUGGAUGAUUUAGUUGAUAAGAAUUCGGUGUAUGUGGAUUGGAGGCGCUCCUUUUACUUGAACUUAAUAGCUCACACUUUGUUCAGUGUAACAGUGGCAAUUUGCAGUUAUCAGGUCCUUAAGAAUCACCAGACCAGCCUAGACACACCAUUGUCCUCUAUAUACAAGGUUGUAAAGACUGUUUAUGCAUCGCCAAGUCGUGUUGAUUUUCAUUUGGACUCAACAAAGGAAGUAGAAUCAACACCUGCUUAUCCAGAUAUAUGUUUUGCAGUUGAUGACUUUGAUUCCACUUUUGAUGCAGUGGUCUUGACAGAUACAGAUCACUGCUAUUGUGUAAUUCUAAAUGCAGAUGGCGGGGCAGCAUUUCCUAGUGAAAAGACUGCACAAGAUUGCAGUUCUAGUGAUAUUUCUUCUUUGAAAAUCAACACUGGUUCUGGAAAGACAGAGAAGACGAAGCUUACUCUUUUUUUAGGAUUUGUCAGUUAUCAAAUGGUUCGAGAUGCAUAUGAAGCUGGGAAGUCUAGAUUUGAGAGCCUCCUGUCACUUGGACAUUCCCCUGGGAAAACUGACAGGAUUCACAUGAAAGGCCCUGGAGGACGAGGGGAGGUGGAAGUUGUUGUUUCUCGUGUUGUAGAUCGAAGCAAGCAGGUUUCAGGCCCUUCCUCACCAGAAUUGAAGAGAGGAUUCAGUAUUGGUAUUGGUACAAUUCUUCGUAGAGCAGCAUCUGUUGCGUCUGUGGCAGCAAAGCAUGCCUAUGCCGCUGCUGCUUCCACGCAGGGUUCCAAUGAAGAGAUGCUGCCCCUGAAGUGCUGCUUGAUGUCUGUGUCGUUACCUUGGGAGCACAUUGCUUAUGAUCUUUUGUUUAAGAGAAGUCCUCCAGUGAACUUGUAGGACUUACAUGAUGAGAGACAAAAGACAAUCUUGGGUUCCACCUUUAUUAAUUGAGGGGGUAAAUGAUUGUCUAUUUUACCACCCUAAAAGAGGAAAGUGCGAAGGAUGACAAAUGCCAAUCGGACAUGGUGCUCCGACCUGCUAGAGAAAAGCAAAGGAGUUUUUUCUGCUUUUAAAGUUGUAUGCUCUCUCUCUUUCCCCCUCUCGAAUAUUUUGGGUGUUGGGUUACUUGUGUGAAUGGGACGAUGACUGUGUUGAAAAUAUUGUAUAAAUUCUUCGAGGUUUAUGAUCAGGCUAAGAAAAUGAUUGGUGAAUUCAUCUUUGCUG